AGUGCGGACCUUCCCUAAGGAUUCUGCCUUACUGGGUAGGGACACUGUUCGAGCCCUGAUGUACUACGCUUUGAAGGUCUGGAGCGACAUCGCACCACUUAACUUCCACGAGGUGGCAGGAAGUGACGCCGACAUUCAAAUCGACUUCACAAAGGCCGACCACGAUGAUGGAUAUCCCUUUGACGGGCCGGGGGGCACCGUGGCACACGCAUUUUUCCCCGGAGAGAGGUUCACAGCUGGGGAUACGCACUUUGAUGAUGACGAGGCCUGGACCUUCAGAUCUCCAGACUCUCAUGGGAUGGAUCUGUUUGCGGUUGCGGUCCAUGAGUUCGGUCAUGCCAUCGGCCUGGUCCACACGUCAGCCAUGGAGUCCAUCAUGAGGCCGUACUACCAGGGUCCAGUGGGAGACCCUCUGAAGUACGACCUACCCUAUGAAGACAAGGUCCGAGUCUGGCAGCUCUACGGUGUCAGAGACUCCGUUUCCCACACAAAUCGGCCCGGCAUCCCCUCCCAGACGGCUGAACCUCCUGUCCUGCUGGACCUUCCUGAAAACAGAUCCACUCUCCUGCUGGCUCGAGAUGCCCCCGACAGAUGCACCAGUCACUUUGAUGCAGUGGCCCAAAUAAGAGGGGAGGCCUUCUUUUUCAAAGGGAAGUAUUUUUGGCGGCUUACCAGAGAGAGGCAUCUGGUUUCUCUGCGUCCCGCUCAGAUCCAUCGCUUCUGGAGGGGUCUCCCACCCAACCUGGACAGUGUAGACGCUGUGUAUGAGAGGCCAGGCGACCACAAAAUAGUAUUUUUCAAAGGUCUGAAGUACUGGGUAUUCAAAGACAAUAAUGUAGAGGAGGGUUACCCUCGUCCAAUCAGUGACUUCGGCCUCCCCUCGGACGGUGUGGACGCAGCUUUUGUUUGGCUCCACAACGACAAAACCUACUUCUUCAAGGACAACCAGUACUGGCGCUACGACGACCACCUGAGGCGUAUGGAUCUGGGAUAUCCUAAAGACAGCACGCUGUGGAAGGGGCUGCCAACGCACCUUGACGACGCCAUGAGGUGGUCUGAUG